UAGGAUCAGUAAUCCCCAUCCCGAUAGGAUCGAUCUAUACAAAGAGGCCCUCAAGGCAGGGGUUAGGUUACCUCCGCAUCUGUUUGUUAUUGAACUUUUCCUCUUCUUCAAUAUUUCCUCUGUUCGGUCAUUCCUAGUUCCUUUCAUUUUAUCAUCGGCUUCAUCAUUUUUUAUUCUUUGAUCAGAGUUCAACCCACUAUUCCACUUUUUCUAUCUUUUUAUAUCCUUAAGAGAUGUACUAACGAUUGGUGGUACGUUUCCCCUCCAAAAGGGGCCAAGGUCCUACUAAAAGGAGCUCCAUCCUCGAUCCACAAUUGGAAGGACUGCUUGUUUUUCAUUUCAGGAUCCUCUAUUAAGGAAUGGAGGCCCCCUUACUGGGGUCAGCCGAGGGACUCUGCUCUUCAAAUUCUGAAACUUAGGGAUGAGGACCAGAAGCACUCCGCAAUUUUGAGAGAACACCGAAUUCCUUCGUUAAAGGAGUUGUUGUCAGAGCGAGCUCUUUCUUAUGCUAGUCUCGGUCCAUCCGACCCUAAAGAAAUGACGCCCGAGGAACUUCGGAGACUAAAGAAGGGUUCCAUAAAGAAGAGGGAGGCACCACCUUUGUCUACUGCCAGGGUCUAGAAAAAGCCGAAGAUUUCGGAUGAUGGGUAGAAGAAGAAGAAGCCCACUCCAACUUUUGCACAGUUGGGAAUUAUCCCCACUCUUCCGAUCUAGUCUCGGCCUCUGAAGCCUGCUGCACCUGUUACUUCCCAGAUCGAUUUUGUCUUGGCAGGUUCAGACUCUGUAGGGGCACCUGCCGAGCGGAGACAAGAUUCAGCAACGCCAUCUUCUGGGGAAUUUUUGAUGAUUGGAAGACUGCCCCUGGAGCUUUUUGGAGGUUAUUAUUGGACUCUGGCUUGAAAUAGGUUGACGAGGGGAGCCCCGUACGACAGCAAAAGCGGCUGGUUACUUCUUUGGUCCGGACGGGUCAUUAUGCUGCCGCUGUCAUCAACCAGAUAAAGGAUCUUGAGGAUGAGUUGGUAGAGGUGCGCAAGAAGUGUGAGGGGGCUGAAACUUCUGAGGCUGAGGCAAGGGCUGGAGCUACCGAAGCCAAGUCUAAGGUGGAAGCUGUCGAGACUAAAGCCGCCCGCCUAUGAGAGGCGCUGAAGGAAGCUGAAGCUUCAAAGGCGAAGGUGGAGAGUGCCUUGGUCUCUGAGAAGGGGAAAUGGUGGGAGGCCCAAUCCAAAGCCAUCGAGAUGGAGAAAAAGAUGGUGGAUCAAGUUGCUGAAAUAAAGAAAAUGGAGGAUCGGAUUGCCGAGGCCGAUCUGGUGCUGAUGGCAACCUUUCGAGAUUCUGAAGAUUUUAUCCAGGAGAAAGUCGACUUUGGCCAGGAAGCCUUCAACGUCGGUCAUGAUGUCUGCUGUCAGAGGAUAGCGGUGUGCUUCCCGGGGUUGGAUUUAAGCUUUUUGGAAGAGGAAUUAGGAGAAGCUAGGGAAGGUGAAGCCAAAAGGGACAUCGAAGGUCCGAUCGGUGGCAAGGUUGAUCGAGAAGGAGAUCAAAUGCUGCUUACCGAAGAAGGACCCUUUGAAGAGCAUCUCGAGGUCACUCCAGCAUCACUAGAUGUGCUUGGGUUCAUACUUACUGGAGUUGUUGGUGGUGCUUCUGAAGCUUCCCCUUGUCAGGAGAUGUAUCGGCCUCUGUUCAUGCUGAUGCUACGCCAGUUUCUCCAUCUCCCGUGGAGUCAGAAUGACCAACUAUAGCUGUCCCUAGGCCUUCCGUUGAUCCUCAAUCUGAGGAUGGGAAUAUUUGACCCUUCUACUUUUUCCUUUUUGCUUUACUGCACCUUGUAAUAAGUAUUUUGAAUUAAUGAAAGUAAUUUUUAACUUCA